GAGAACGGUAAAUAGGAUGGGACCGGCCGUACCUGGGCGAGUUUUCAGCCCGCAUCCCGCAUGCUUUCGCGGGGUCACGAUGGAUAUACAUCCCUGCAUCUCUGCCGACUGUGUAUCUGAGCGAUAAUGCCUGUAUACAUAGCCUGUAUAAAGGGCAGCUUUCGCACCUCCUCGCGGCCCCUCAGUGGCCAUUCCUGGUUUCACCUCAGAACCAACCAGAGAAUUAUUCGUCAUGGCAGUAUUCAAGCGUGCCGUCGCCGUAGCAGCACUGUUAUCAGGUGCCUCCGCCCUGCCUAGACAGUCAGAGUCUUUCGAGAAGAGACAAGAUCUUCCACCUGCGGAUGAACGUGCACAAGGUGUUAUCGACACCUUCAGGACUGCGUGGGAAGGAUACUACCAAUAUGCGUUCCCAAACGACGAGCUCAAACCCGUUACCAACGGCUUCAGCAAUUCAAGAAACCAGUGGGGAGCCUCGGCCGUGGAUGCAUUGAGCACAGCUUUGGUCAUGGGACAGAAGGACAUCGUCAACCAGAUUAUUGAAUAUAUUCCGACCAUCAACUACUACAAGACUCCAACUGAGGUUUCAUUGUUCGAAACCACGAUCCGUUAUUUGGCAGGAAUGAUCUCAGGAUACGACUUCUUGAGCGGACCUCUCUCCGAUCUUGCAGACAACAAGACAAACGUGGAUGCCCUCCUCGAGCAGUCCAAAAAUUUAGCCAACGCACUCUCAUACGCCUUCGACACCCCUUCUGGCGUUCCUUACAAUAACCUUGACUUUAGCACACGCGGGAACGAUGGAUCAAAUAAUGGCCUCGCUACUGUUGGUACACUCGUUCUGGAAUGGGUUCGUCUUGCCGACCUUACUGGAAACACGACCUACGGCAAUCUUGCCAUGAAAGCCGAAUCGUACCUCCUCGACCCCAAACCCGCCACGAGCGAACCCUGGCCAGGACUAGUUGGCUCAAGCAUUGAUCCCAAGACAGGCGAAUUCACAGAUGCAAGCGGUGGCUGGACCGGCGGCACCGACUCCUUCUAUGAGUACCUCAUCAAGAUGUACGUCUACGACCCCUCGCGGUACAGCACGUACCUCGACCGCUGGGUUCUGGCCGUUGAUUCCUCCAUCGAGCAUCUAGCCUCGCACCCCACACCACGACCGGACAUCACCUGGCUCGCAAUCUACAACAAACAGAACAUCACCAAGCUCUCGCAGCACCUCGCUUGCUUCGACGGCGGCAACUUCAUCCUCGGCGGCCAGGUCCUCGGAAAGCAGGAGUACAUUGAUUUUGGCCUCGAGCUCGUCAACGGCUGCCACGAGACGUACAUUCAGACUGCAACGCGCAUCGGCCCGGAGACAUUCGCAUGGGACGAUGCCGGCGUACCGGCUGACCAAGCCGCGUUCUUCAACAAAACCGGGUUCUACAUCCGCGAUGGCGGAUACCAACUCCGGCCCGAGGUCAUCGAGUCGUACUACUACGCCUACCGCGCGACGGGCGACGUCAAGUACCAGGAGUGGGCAUGGGAUGCAUUCACGGCGAUCAACGCGACGACGCGUGUUGGGUCUGGGUACUCGAGCAUCAGCAAUGUGAAUGCGGCUGGUGGAGGGAGCUUCACGGAUUUCCAGGAGAGCUUUUGGUUUGCGGAGGUGCUGAAGUAUAGUUAUCUCAUCCAUGCGCCUGAGGCGGAGUGGCAGGUUGGAAAAGAUGGGAAGAAUGCUUGGGUAUUUAAUACCGAGGCGCAUCCGUUCAAGGUAUUUGGUGGUGGGGGUAAUUCGUGA